AUGUCUCAAGAUAAAAUUACAAAAAUUGUGAAGGAAAUAAAUACCUUAAAAACGAGCUGUGAGAAAUUGAAUGCUCAAUUGGAAGAACUCAUUACACAGAAGGUCGAAAAUGAAAUGCUACUGGAAGAAGUUAAGAAUUUAGAGGAUGAUGCCGUUUUGCAUAAACUCGUUGGAUUAAUAUUAGUAAAGGAGGAAAAAAAUAAAUGCUACGAUACAGUGACGAGGAGAAUACACUAUAUUAGUGGGGAAAUUGAAAGCAGGAAAAAGGUCAUUAGCAAUUCAGAGGAGAAGCUGAAGAAACUUUUUAGCGAUCUCGAAAUGCAGUCAAACCAGAGAAAAAUUGCUAUCCCCCCAACUUGA